GCUACCAAAAAAAUGCUAUUUAUAUUGUUUCCAAAUCAUUACAAUAGAAAGUACACUAUUAAAAGUUUCUUGUAAAAGAGAAAGUAAAGUGGAUUUUAAUUCCACUUAAUGUGGAGUUAAGAGUGUCUGUAAUUACCUCUGCAGCUUUCACUUGGAAAGGUAUAUUUUGAUACAUGGGAACUUGGGGUUGUUUAAACUUCACUUUAGAAACUUUGUUCUAAAGUUUCUCUGAAACUUGCUCAUAUUUAUGGCACAGGAUGUGACUCCACCUUCACAGUCAAGAAGACCUUUUUUUUUUUUUUUCAAUUCCUGAAGUUCAGAACUUAUCUAGUAAUUGUUAAUUCCAAGACUACUGUUGAGUUAAUAUUUUCCUUAUUUUGAUGAUUUCUGAUAGAAAUUGAAUUCCUUCAGGUCUAGUGUAUUGCAUAACCCCAUUAAAAUAUUUUUUCGGUUCUUGUGUAUUUCUAUUAUAAUUUGAUGCGUUUGGGGUUUUUUUGGUGAAACUUGAGUUAUGAAAUUCAUGCAUUAAAAGUAUGUCUGAACUCUUGAACUUGCAUGAGACUGAUGCUUAGUUUUUAAAAUAAACACACAGUACUGGGGCCACUGUGUGCAAAUAAUGAGCAUGUCUGAUUAUUCCAGGACUUGCAGGUUUAAGGAGAAGUAAAUAUGUUGAUGAUCAGUCACUUUUUCUUAGAUGGAGGCAGAAAAGUGUGAGAGCACCUGUGCCAGCUCAGUGAGUCCCUGCUUUUCCCAAGGUUUCUUUCCCUCCCCAUCUGCCCCAGUGACUUUGGGAGGCUGUGUCCAAUCAAUCCCGAUCUGGAGGAUGAGCAGGCAGGAACCUGUUUGUGGUGUUGAGAUGGGAGGGUGCAGCUUUCCCUGGUGCCUAAUUAGAAAGCUAAGCACUUUUGGUCACCUGCAAGCCAAGCUGCUGGCUAUGGAGCAGAGUCUCUGCUGGUAAAACCACAUUUCUGCCUGUGUUUGAUCACUGGGCUCACACUUUGAAUGCUCAGCUUGGAAUGGUUCUUAUCUUUAUGUAGAAACAUGGAAAAAAACCUCAUUUUGAGUUCAGUGCUGGGGAGGGGUUGUUUCAGACUGGUUGGCCUGCAGAAAUGGGAUAAAAGGAAUUCUUUAGAGGAUGGAUCGUGUGGUUGGCAGAGAAUGGAGUAAAUGAAGGAGCUUCCAGUGUGCUGCAGCCAAAAGGAGCAACAAAGUGUGCAAGCCUCUAAUUUUAUGCUGACAUUUGACAAGAAAUCCGCUGAAUUCUGAGUGACAUCAUCCCUCUGUGCUGAGCACUUUGGAGCAGGUCGAAAGCUUAGCCAGGCAAUAACAGUGCUGCAGCAGAGGCGUGGGGUCACAGUGAUGCAGGGCAUUGAUUUCAGCUCAGAAACAGGGCAGAGCUUACUCUUGGAUUUCUCCAGCCUUUUAAGCUGCCUGUGUAACUCCCUGCUGGCAGUGGGGAGGUUAUAAAAGGAGAGCCAGCUGAUGCUGCAAUGUAAGCACUGCCCCUGCAGUGGAAAGACUGUUCUUUGGCAUGUUCCCUGCUGCUAUUUUUACCUAUUCCAGUAAGAUCCGCCCUUGUGAUGUUGAAUUACAGGACAGUACCUGGAAUAAUUUUCUUUUACAAAGUGCUGUAUGCACUGGAGAAAACUUUCAAUAAAACUGGGCAGAUUGACAUUGAAAGUGACUUACACUGAAAAAAUGUUUUUUCUUCUGUCAGCACAAAUAAUGCUGUGGCUGUGACUACAAGAGAUUCUUUCACUUUUGGUUGCAUAUUUGAUGUCUGGCAGAGGUUUUGUUUUUUAAAUUUUUGGGUUCAUUUGUGUAUUGAUUAUUUUGUCUUUCUCACUUUCUCAUGUGGAGACUUUAAAUAGGCAAUGUGUGUUUUAUAGAUGAGGAUUAACAGUGUAGUCCAGGAAUAAAUGGAGGAUGAGGUUUUGUCCUAAUUUCUAAAAGGCCAGGCUGAUGUUGACUAAAUUUUAUUUUGUAUUCCUACACACUAUAGAAAAUUAAUAUUUUUUUCUGGGAGUAAAUUAUCUGCCAAAGCACUUGCAGUGACAAAAUGCUGUAUCUACCCAGGUAUUUGUAGUGGAAACUGGAGCAAACAGCAAGAAUGGCCUGACAGUGACACAGGGGGGUUCAGUGGCACAGGUAUCUCACAGAGAUGUGUGACUGCUGAAAUGUCUGACAUUUGUGAUACAUUAUCUCAAAUAAAGGGUGUAUUUUCUAAAACCAUCAGCAUCUGUAGUUCAGAAGUGAUUGACAGCACUGAAACCCAAACCUCAAGCUUUUGUCCUGGUUCUUUGUGCAUUUAGGAGUAGGUUUGGAGCAGGAGCUUUCCAAAGCAGUGCUUUGACACUGAAGCGUGGUGAGUGAUGAAUUUGUGUGAAUUCAGCAUUCCCCUUACAGGCCCCUGCUGGCCUUGCUCCUUCUCCUGCUCCUCAGAGCAUCUCAGCUGGAAGCCCUGCGAGCAGGAAACUCCUCCAGGACACGGGGAUUUUCUUCUCCCUUGGCUCUGCCAUUGUCUUAGGUGAACAAUUCUAGUCAGGUUUAAUCGAGUCUCACAUCUGCAAUAACAGCUGGGCUUUUUGGCAACUCUUUUAUUUCUUAAACUCUCAUUGUUGCCAGUUCUGCUAGCAGAUGUUCUUACUGAUUUUUUUUUGUCAUGUGUCUCUUUAUCUGUGAAGAAAAAGAAGUCAUUUUUCCUGCCUUACAGCUAUUGCUUUGGUGGCAGAUAGAAAUAGUGCACCUGCUGCUUCAGCCCAUCACACUUCUUUUAUGCUGUGCUGUCUCUUUUUGAUUUAUGCACGAGAUUUCUUUUUCUUCUUGCUGAUUUUACUGUAAAAAUGCCUUGAGUUUUCAUUCUGUAAAUGAAAGUUCCCCAUCAGUUUUCUCUCCGUUUUUUCAUGUAACACUAUCCAUCUUGGUGACUCAUUGUCGUCUCUUGUAUUUGGUUAUAACUAAAGAUCUCACCUUUUCCUCUGGUGUGAGAAAACCAGAAUUCCUUCCUUCUCCCCAGUCUGCCUGCUUAUCUUUUUCCAUGAUGGAAGGCAUAUUUACAGUAUUAUAAAUGCCACAUUCCUUCUUGUUUGUUGGAGACAGGUGUGCUAGGUCUAAGCAGGGUGAAUUCACAGUUCAGACCAUCAGUAGGUUUUACUUUUAAAAUGACUGAAAAUGGCUCAAGGUGGAGGUCCCAAAGCAUUCAUCUGGUUUCUUGUUAAUCUUUGAGAGUUUGCUCUCUUGGUAAAAUCAUUGCAGCUUCUUUUUAUUUAUUCAUUUUAAUUUUUCCCCGUGUGCUCUGUCCAGAAUACCUCAGGAUACCUCUAACCAAAAGUGAGCUGGCAAUAUAAGAUCUCUUCUUGACUUUUUUCUUGCAUUUCUUAUAAAAGAUAUGAGGAAGCUGAGACUUCUUGGUCUGGAGGAGAGAAAGCUUUGUGUGGGGGAUGAUCCCAUCAAGAUUUCUUCAGCUUCCCUCUGAGUUCUCCCUCUUACAGUUGGUGCUUUUAUGCAAGAUACAGAGAGCCUUCAGUGGCUUGGCUGCUUGUUUGUUUGUUUUGGGUCCAAGAUUUGUCAACAUUUGUGAGUCAGCAAGGUGUUUGUCUGAGUGAGGAACUGACGUGUGAGAAAAGAGUAUUGAACUCCUAUUUAAUUUUUGCUUCAGUGAGUUUUUAGCUCAAAGAUGUUUCUGAUGUUCUGGAAUAAGAAUGAGAUGCUGUUGAGCUGGGUAAUGUUUGGGUGCUGUGCACUCUGUGUCUCCUUACACUGAAAUGCUGCAUAAAAUAAUGAAAGGCUGCAAGACCCUGAAAACUCUGAAAGUAGAGGGAUGAUAAUUUAUCACUGAUGUAAUUUUUUUGUUAUUUAUUUGGUAUGUAGUGCAUGUAUAUGUUUGUCUAUUAAAAUGUAAAUAUCUUCUGGUUUUUUGUCUUCCACAGAUGAUGUGCUUCAUCCUUUUGUCAUAGGACUUCAUUUGCUGAAAGGAAAACUAAAGGCUGCACCAAUGGAGCACAUCCAGGGAGCCUGGAAGACCAUCAGCAAUGGGUUUGGCCUCAAGGAUUCUGUGUUUGAUGGCCCCAACUGCAUCUCCCCGACCAUAGUGCAGCAGUUUGGGUACCAGCGCCGCGCCUCCGACGACGGCAAAAUCUCCGACACGUCCAAAACCAGCAACACCAUCCGCGUGUUCCUGCCCAACAAGCAGCGCACCGUGGUGAAUGUGAGGAAUGGGAUGACCCUGCACGACUGUCUCAUGAAGGCCCUGAAGGUCAGAGGGCUGCAGCCAGAAUGCUGCGCAGUUUUCCGACUUCUUGCUGAACCAAAAGGAAAGAAAGUGCGUUUGGAUUGGAACACAGAUGCUGCCUCCCUGAUUGGAGAGGAGCUGCGAGUGGAUUUCCUUGACCAUGUCCCACUCACCACACACAACUUUGCUCGGAAGACAUUUCUGAAGCUUGCCUUCUGUGACAUCUGCCAGAAGUUCCUGCUCAAUGGCUUCCGGUGUCAGACGUGUGGCUACAAAUUCCACGAGCACUGCAGCACCAAGGUGCCAACCAUGUGUGUGGACUGGAGCAACAUCAGGCAGCUCUUAUUGUUCCCAAAUUCAAAUAUCAGUGACAGUGGUGUCCCUGCACUACCUCCCUUGACAAUGAGACGGAUGCGGGAGUCUGUCUCCCGGAUACCUGUUAGCUCCCAGCACAGGUAUUCUACACCUCAUGCCUUCACUUUCAACCCAUCCAACCCUUCCUCUGAGGGCUCUCUGUCCCAGAGACAGCGCUCCACCUCCACCCCAAACGUGCACAUGGUCAGCACCACGAUGCCUGUGGACAGCCGGAUCAUCGAGGAUGCAAUUCGAAGCCAUAGUGAAUCAGCCUCACCCUCUGCUCUGUCUGGAAGUCCUAACAAUAUGAGCCCAACUGGCUGGUCUCAGCCUAAAACCCCAGUCCCAGCCCAAAGAGAGAGAGCCCCUGGAUCCAACACACAAGAAAAGAAUAAAAUCAGGCCUCGUGGACAGAGGGACUCCAGUUAUUACUGGGAAAUAGAAGCCAGUGAAGUGAUGCUCUCCACCAGGAUAGGCUCAGGCUCUUUUGGGACAGUUUACAAGGGCAAGUGGCACGGGGAUGUAGCAGUGAAGAUCCUAAAGGUUGUAGACCCAACCCCAGAACAGUUCCAGGCUUUCAGGAAUGAAGUGGCUGUCCUGAGGAAGACCCGGCACGUGAACAUCCUGCUCUUCAUGGGCUACAUGACCAAGGACAACCUGGCCAUUGUCACGCAGUGGUGUGAGGGCAGCAGCCUCUACAAACAUCUGCACGUGCAGGAGACCAAGUUCCAGAUGUUCCAGCUGAUCGACAUCGCCCGGCAGACGGCGCAGGGCAUGGACUAUUUACAUGCAAAGAACAUCAUCCACAGAGACAUGAAAUCCAAUAAUAUAUUUCUUCAUGAAGGCCUCACAGUGAAAAUAGGAGACUUUGGUCUGGCAACUGUAAAAUCCAGGUGGAGUGGAUCCCAGCAGGUGGAGCAGCCCACGGGCUCCAUCCUGUGGAUGGCCCCCGAAGUGAUCCGGAUGCAGGACAGCAACCCCUUCAGCUUCCAGUCAGAUGUCUACUCCUAUGGAAUAGUGUUAUAUGAGCUGAUGACAGGAGAGCUGCCCUACUCCCACAUCAACAACAGAGAUCAGAUCAUUUUCAUGGUUGGCCGGGGCUAUGCUUCCCCAGACCUCAGCAAGCUGUACAAGAACUGCCCCAAAGCCAUGAAGAGGCUCGUAGCAGAUUGUUUGAAGAAAGUUCGGGAAGAACGACCUCUGUUCCCACAGAUCCUGUCGUCCAUCGAGCUGUUGCAGCACUCUCUACCCAAAAUCAACCGCAGCGCCUCGGAGCCGUCCCUGCACCGCGCCGCCCACACCGAGGACAUCAACUCGUGCACGCUGACCUCCACCAGGCUGCCCGUGUUCUGAGCUCUUCUCUCUGCUCCCGGCCCUCUCCUGGCUGCAGCAGCACCAGCUGUGCUUGCCACGCCUGGGUGCCGGGCUCCUGCGUGUCCCACCUGUACAGAGAAGCUGCUGCGGGCCCGUGCAGUUCUCAGCCUGCAGGGACACGGCUCCUCAUUGCCUUUGCUGCCACCUCUUGUUCUGGGAGAGGUAACAGACUACAAAUCAAGAGAUCUAUUACUAUUUUUUUAAUAGAUGCACUUGAGCCUUAUUUUCCCCUUCCCAGAAGCGAUGGCCGUUUCUUUGGCAGUGGCUCUGGCUGGGUUUUUGCUCUGUGCUCAGUGAGGUGGCUCUGAGGACAGGUGAUGUUCUGGUGCUCUGACUGCCCCGUGCCAAGUGCCACCUCACCCUGGGGAGUUGUGCCUGGAGUGGGAAGAGGAAAUAACUCUGGAAAUCAGCUCCUGCCUAAGAGCUUCACCAAGCCAAUGAAAUAAGUUCAAAUGCUAAUUCAACACAAAAUAGUUUUUUGCAAUAGUUUUGCACAUAGAAGAAAAACUCUUGCAAAAGGAUGGAAUCUGUUGUGAAUUGUCCUGCUCAGAGAAGGAGGUGAGCCAGCCCUGCUUUGAUCAUCUUGAGAAGCCUCCCAGCUGCCUUUGGUACUAUGGAGCUGUUGGUGCAGCCCAGGCGGGGCUGAGGGAGGAAUGCUGGGCUGGGGGCUGGAAGAGGCUGAGGGAUGUCCCCACCUCCUGCACAGGCUGCAUCCCAGCUGAAGCUGUCGUCCCAGAGAUGCACUAGCAAGAGGAAACUGAGCAUAUACAGUUUUUCUUGUUGAUUUGGGUUUUAAUUUUGUUUUUAUUGCUCCUGAGAAAAUGCAUUUAUUGUAAGCCAAGGUUCCUCUGAUUAUCUUAUUUUAAUAAAAUAAAUUAAAUUUUAGGUUUAA